ACGUUACAUCACGUGACGUCACUAUUGUGACCAAUCAGGAGUAGCUACUACCUCUAUCAGGAAGUGAAGAGGCCCAGUGUCCGAAGACGAACAACAGCUAACAGUCAUGUCAUUAACAACAUUGGCAUGUAAACACAGACUCAGAUCCAUCUGCAGACUGCAUCGAAUUCAAGGACACAUGAUGUCCAGUCGAGUGGAGCCCGAGGUUCUCCUCGAGAAGGUGGGCCGGGCCGGUGUGAUCACAAUGAACAGGCCCAAAGUGCUAAAUGCCCUCAACUUCACCAUGAUCAGAGCCAUCUACCCCCAGCUCAAGAAAUGGGAGAGUGACAGCGACACGGACCUUGUGAUCAUCAAAGGAGCAGGCGGGAAAGCAUUUUGCGCCGGUGGAGACAUCAGAGCAAUUACUGAAGCGGGGAAAGUUGGCGAUCCCCUUGCGAAGGUCUUUUUCCGUGAGGAAUACAUUCUGAACAAUGCUAUAGGAACAUGCAGGAAACCAUUUAUUGCCUUCAUCGACGGAAUAACAAUGGGAGGGGGAGUUGGUCUGUCUGUUCACGGACGUUUUCGUGUGGCCACCGAAAGAACGAUGUUCGCCAUGCCCGAGACCGCUAUUGGUCUGUUCCCCGAUGUGGGCGGUGGCUAUUUCCUCCCGAGGCUUCAGGGAAAGUUGGGACUGUUUCUGGCUCUGACGGGCUUCCGCCUCAGAGGCCGUGACGUGCACAGAGCUGGAAUUGCCACUCACUUUGUUGAGUCCAAGAAGAUGCUGGACCUGGAGAAGGAACUGGUGGACUUGAGUUCUCCCUCUGCAGAGAAUAUCUCCAGCGUGUUAGACUCCUUCCAGAACGAGAGCAGCCUCGAUCGUGACAAGCCUUUUGUCCUGGAGAAGCAUAUGUCUGAUAUUGACAGGUUGUUCAGCUCAAAUAGUAUGGAAGGUAUCAUGCAGAACCUGAAGGCAGACGGAUCAGAUUUUGCUAAGAAACAAGUGGAGACAUUGUCCAAGAUGUCUCCCACGUCCUUGAAACUAACCUACAAACAGCUGCAGCUCGGCGCCACUCUCAACCUGCAGGACGUGUUGGUGAUGGAGUAUCGCUUGAGUCAGGCCUGUAUGCGGGGCUAUGACUUCUACGAGGGCGUAAGAGCGGUUCUGGUUGACAAGGACCAGAGUCCCAAAUGGAAGCCGCCCACCCUGGAGGAGGUUACCGAUCCGAGUGUCGAUCAGUGCUUCUCCUCGCUUGGAGACCUGGAUCUGUCUUUGUGAUGUCAGCUGACAAUUUCAAAUAUGCACCAUAGUGAGCAAUGAACUUUUGUAUCAGGUAAUCAAGAACUGACUCCUGUGAACCAUGUUGAUAAGACAACAAAACUAUGACAAACGGACUUUUUGUUUUUAGACAAUGGUCUUUGGCAUGCCAGCCCACCCAUCGAGUGUGAAAUUAAACAAGCAAGCUCAUCUUUUAUCUACUUAUUUUUGAAAAUGUGUGAGUGAGCCUUUCAGAAUUUUGUUAAGUUGCGACGUCCUGAUUCAACGUACAAUAGUGACAUAAUAACGACAUUUCUCCACCGAAGACUUGGUGGGUAAGGUAAGAUGGAUUGUGAAUGUUGAUUACAAGCAGAACUUUCUUCCCGAAAACUGCUCUGGCAAGCCACUCCAGUGCCUUCUUCCCUUUUCUGUGGCUGAUGCGCUAGCCCUCAAGUGUCGUGCGGCAGCCUCUUGCUCGUAUGUCCUUAUAUGGACAACGUGUCUCCAGUGAUGAAGUGGCGUCGGCGCUUUGUGAUCUCAUCAACUAAACAAACUACAGUACAGCUUCAUCUAGCGGUGCUUUUUUUCCCUCGGGGUGUUCACACACUGCCAGCGGAUUGUGUGUGAGAAUGCUAUUUGAUUUAAUAUUAUUAUUGUUAAAGUCACUUUUGUCUCCUUGUUAUGGGCCCCGUUCAAUUUGACCCACUUUAAUAAUAUAUUUUUUUGUAAGUAUAAUCAACUUAUACAAUGUAAAUGGUUCAUUUCACAGCUCAGUUACUGGUAAUAAUGACAUAUGGAGUAAACAAUGUUUACUGGGAUUUGUUUUAGUUUCUGACACUUUUGGAUAAUCAAACGUUACUAUUCCGUAAAGCGAAUGUAACUGGAGGAGUUCAGGUACACCCUGAACCGGUCGCCAGCCAAUCGCAGGGCACACAGAAACAAAAAAAAACAUUUGCACUCACAUUCACACCUACGGGCAAGUUAGAGUCUUCAAUCAAGCCACCAUGCAUGUUUUUGGGAUGUGGGAGGAAACCGGAGUACCAGGAGAAAACGCACGCAGGCACGGGGAGAACAUGCAAACACCACACAGGCGGGGCCGGAUUUCAGCCUGAGUCCUCAGAACUAUGAGGCAGACCCUCUAACCAGUCCUCCACCGUGCCGCCCAUUGUAAAACAUAAUAGUGUUAAAUAAACAUAGCAGUCAUGCCUGUUUCUUUCAUGUUU